GGAUAUGGCGACGACCAGUCGCAUACUUUUCCUUUCAUUGUUUAUUUCAUCUAUUUCCAUAUUUUUCAUUGAACAAGUAAAUGGUAUAAAAUGUAAAUGUGACCCUUGUCCUCAUGAUGCAGUGAAUGAAACUUGUGAAGCAACUAGUAAAUGUUUUACUGCAAUUAGAGUCACUUAUGAAAAUGGUUUUGAAGAACAUUAUUGGACCUAUGGGUGUUUUUCAGACCAUGAAAAAGACAAGGCAGGAAACUCUGUUUUACAGUGUAAAGGACACUUAGUGCCACAUGCAUUACCUAAAACAAUAGAAUGUUGUGAUGAAGAAGAUUAUUGUAAUGAAGAAAUAGAGCCAGAUUUACAAGAUAAAUCUACUGCUUCUCCAGAAGUCCACCCAACAGCUUCACUCAGUGACAUCACGCAGAUAGCUUUAAUUGUGUCAGUGUCUACAUGUUUGAUAAUAUUCAUCAUAACAAUUACCUGUCUCUAUAUAAGAUAUAAAAGAAAUUUAUCACAACGUUUGUUGUUAAAAGAUGAUAUUGGACAAAGUGAAUCAUUUAUAUGUAAUGGAGAAUCUCUCAAAUCUUAUAUCGAUCAUUCCUCAGGAAGUGGAUCAGGGAUACCUUUCUUGGUCCAAAGAACAAUAGCAAGACAGAUCAAUUUGAUAAAAAGUAUUGGAAAAGGUAGAUAUGGAGAGGUUUGGAAAGGAAAAUGGAGGGAAGAAAAUGUUGCUGUCAAAAUAUUCUUUACAACAGAAGAAGGAAGUUGGUUCAGGGAAACAGAAUUAUAUCAGACAGUUUUACUUAGACAUGAUAAUAUACUAGGUUUUAUAGCAUCAGAUAUUAAGGGAACAGGAUCCUGGACACAGCUAUUUCUGAUAACAGAUUACCAUGAGAAUGGUUCCCUGUAUGAUUACCUGUCAACACACAUUCUAGAUGUGGAUGAUACACUGAAGAUGGUUCAUACUAUAUCAUGUGGACUCACUCAUUUACAUACAGAAAUAUUUGGCACAAAAGGAAAACCUGCCAUGGCUCACAGAGAUAUUAAAAGUAAAAACAUUUUGGUAAAAAGGGAUGGUAGUUGUUGUAUUGCUGAUUUAGGAUUAGCAGUCAGAUAUAUCAGUGAAAACAAUGAAGUAGAUGUACCACCUAUCACAAGGCAGGGAACCAAACGAUAUAUGGCACCAGAAGUAUUAGAUGAGACAUUGUUAACACAUCAUUUUGACGCAUAUAGAAAAGCUGAUAUUUAUGCUUUUGGAUUAGUUAUGUGGGAGAUAUGUCGCAGAUGUGUUGCAAAUGAAGGUGUAGUUGAAGACCAACAAGUCCCAUAUUAUGACUGUGUACAGACAGAUCCUAGUUUUGAUGAAAUGAGGAAAGUUGUCUGUAUAGAGAAAAUGCGACCAGAGAUUCCCAAUAGGUGGUUAAAUGACCAGUAUUUGAAAGCUAUGAUAAAAGUUAUGACAGAAUGUUGGAGUCAGAAUCCUGCAGCUAGGUUGACCUCUCUCCGUGUGAAAAAGACACUUAAUAAAAUGUACCAACUGUCUCAGAAGAAUGAAAAAUUAGAACUUAGUUGUUGAUCUGUGAUAUUUGUAUUAACUACUUAAUAGAUCUGGCGAAUGUUUUAUAUGGCAGUUAUUUCCAGGAAAAAACCAAUAUAUUCUG